GUAGAAGAAGAAGAAGGGGGUGUGUUGCUAGGUUGCUAGUUGUUAGCCUGCCUGCGUGCUAACUGCGAGCUAAAAGUUGACUGUACUACUUUCACUUUCUGACAGACGGGAGUACCCUCUCUGGGAUGAGCAGGGCUUCCUGGAAAACUAAACUUAACGCCGUCAUUGUUGUCUUUGACACUAGUUAGACCGUAGACGUAGAUUGUAACACUAUUUUGGCGCCGAUAUUGACAACUUUUAGCCGGUGGCGUCUAAAAGCGUUAGCCGUCAAACAACGCAGGUAGCUUUAUCUCGCCAGUUAGCUAGCUAGCUAGCUAGCUAGCUUCAACGUCUGUAGCGUCCGCUAGCAUGAACGGCGGGGGAAGCAUGCAAAGUAAUGAUGAAAGAGGGGCAGAGAAACAAAUGGAUGACUACUUGAACGCACUCGGUUUGCAUCGGAAGAAGAUUGCCAAAGACGGCUCGUGCUUGUUUCGGGCUGUCGCCGAGCAGGUGCUGCAUUGCCAGAGCCUUCACACUAAAGUUCGUGCCGAGUGUGUGGCGUUCCUGAAGGAGAACAGAGCGAGCUACGAGGCGUUCAUCGAAGGAGACUUCGAGGAAUACCUCCUCAAGCUGCAGGACCCGCAGCAAUGGGUGGGAGAGGUGGAGAUCAACGCGCUGGCCGUCAUGUACAAGAGGGAUUUCCUGAUCUUCCAGGAACCCGGAAAACCAGCCGUCAACAUCACAGACAACAACUUCAAGGAUAAGGUGCGGUUGUGUUUUCUGAACGGGAAUCACUACGACAGCGUUUAUUCCAUCAGCCACGUUAAGGACGCCGCUCUCUGCCAUUGCUGUGGUCGUUCUCGCCAUAACUUCCCCCACCCCGGUUCCAACACAACCUCUCUCACAUUACACCCUUCACCACCACCUUCACCUCUCCCACACCCACACCCCUACCACAACUCUCCCACUAUUCACCACUACUUACCCUUCACCUACCAUCACCUUCACACUACCUUCACCUACACUCACCACUCACCACCUACCUUCACCCCACCACCACUCUUCACCCACACCUACUCUACCUCACCUACUUACCUUCACCUUCUCCUACUUACCUUCACCUUCACCUACUUACCUUCACCUACUCUCUUACUUACCUUCACCUACUCUCCUACUUACCUUCACCUACUCUCCUACUUACCUUCACCCAUCACCCACUCUACCUCCCACCACCCCCCACCUACCUCCCACUCUACCCUCACCUUCACCCACCACUCUACCUUCACCUUACCACCUCACCCACACCUCCUACUACCUUCACCCAACCUCCCACUCUACCUCUCACCUUACUCCAACCCUCACUCCCACUCUACCUUCACACCCACUCUCCCACUCUACCUCUCACCUCUCUCUCAAUUUCUACCUUCACCUCCUACUACCUUCACCUACCUCCCACUUCCUCCCACUCUACCCCUCACCCACUUACCUUCACCUUCACCCACUCUCCUCCACUCUACCUUCACCACUCUCCUACCUCCAACCUUCACCCACCUCCCCACUCUACUUCCCAUCUUCACCCCCUCCCACUUACCUCUCACCUACCUCCCACUCUCCACCUUCACCCCACCCCACUUCCUCCCACUUCACCCUUCACACCACCCCUCCCCUCCACCACUCUACCUUCACCCACAUCCCACCUACCUCACCCACUUCAUACCCACCUUACACCUCUACCUUCACCACCACUUUACCCUUCACCCUCACUACCCACCCUCACCCACUCACCCACUUCACCUUCACCUACCUUUCACCCACCUUACCUUCACCUACCACCUACUCUACCUUCACCCAUCUCUACCCUUCACCCACUCACACCCACUUACCUCUAACCAACCCCACCUACCACUAACACUACUCACCACUCACACACUCUCACCCAUACACCUUCACCAUACCCACCACCUACCUCUACCUCCCUACACCCUUACACUCACCACAACUCACCACCACCACCACCUCACCCCCUCCACCCUUCCACCCACACCCACCACCCAUUACUUCCACCCACACCUCUUCACCCACCACACCCACACUACCUCUCACACUCACCCACCACCCCACCCCCACCCACUCACCCACUCCACCCACUCCACACCCACCCAACCACCACCUACCUCACCUACUACCCUUACCUACCCAACACCCACUACCCCACCUACCACCCACACUCACCUACUCACCACCCAACCAUCCACACCCCUCAACACUCUACCUCACCUACCACCCCACCAUACCUUCACCACUCUCAACCACUCACACUCAUCCAUUACCUAUCCUCCUUACCCCACCCACCACUUACCUCUACACCUUCUCACCACUCAACCCACUUCACCUUCACCCACUCACCCACCACCCUUCUCACCUACCUCACCUACUCCACCACUCCUACCUCACUCUUACUCAUCUUUACCACCUUCCACCCAUCACUCACCUACUACCUUCAACCUACCUAACACCCUUCACCUACUCACCUACUCACCUACUUACCUUCACCUACUUACCUUCACCUACUCACCUACCACCUUACCCACCCAUAAUCACCUCACCUACUCUUACCUCACACACACCUUCACCAUACCUCACCUACUCACCCACUCACACCUACCCUCACCUACCAAACACCCACCAACCUCACCACCUACUCAACACUACCUUCCACCUACCUACACCCUACCACACUACCCCAACCACAACACCACACCCACCACACCUCUACCACUCCACCCACUCACCUCCACCUCACCUCCCACCACCCUCACCUCUUCACCUUCACCUACACCCACUACCUUCACCACCCCACCUACCCCAACCUUAACACACCUCACCUACUCACCAACCUUACCCCCACCCACUUACCUCACCCCACUUACCUUCAACCACAACCACCUACACCCACCCUCACACCCCACUCACCCCCCCACUCAUCUUCACCCCACUACCUACUCACCUUCACCUUACUCACCUACUCACCCACACUCACCCACCUCACUCCCACCUCCUCACCUACUUUCACCCUCUUCACCUACUCACACCCUCACCUUCACCCACUUACCCUCACCCACUCACCCACCACCUACUCACCCACUCCUUCACCUCCACUAA